CGCGAAGAUGCGCCGACUGGGGCCAGGGCGCAAUAUGCCAGGGCUUUGAUUAUUUUUUCUUCCAAGGAAGCAGAUUAGGAUGGUCGAAACAGAACCUAAACAUUUCCUUAUACAAGGAGAUGUAUAUGAAGUAGAAAAAUUGGUUGGAGUAAAAAUUGUAAAAGGUAAGAAAUUGUACAGAGUAAGAUGGCGUGGCUAUGGACGUGAAAGUGACACUUUAGAACCCGAAGAAAAUCUCUUGUCAUGUAAAGAUAUGAUUCUGGAACUUGAAGAAAAAAUGAAAGACCGUCAUGAUAAAAAAAGAAAUAAAAAGUCAUUUAGAUGCCAGUCUUUUAUUCCGGAUUCUAAAGAUUUAAUUAUGUAUGAAUCCAGUCGAUUUUCAACUGGCACUACAUGGCAAGCAACUGAAGUUAAACCUGCUCAAAAUUUAAAGGAUACCUUCUGGAGAGAUUUUAAUGAAGGUAAAAUAAGCGUUUCAGAUCAAGAUAUGUACAGCAAAGUUAAAGAAAGGGCAUCGAGAACUUUUACUCACGGAGAAAAUGGAAAAUCAACUGAAGUUGGGCAGAAAGAUAAUCUGCCUCCUUUGUGCCCUAAAGUUGUGUUAAAAAGGAAACCAUGCAAUAGGACUAACAGUGAAAGUUUGACAUACAAAUCUACUUUGAAAGUGAAACCCAUAAGUAUGCACAUAAAAAAGAGGAAAAAAUACGAUGUUUUGCGAGAUUACAGGAGGCGCAAAAACAGAGUCCAUAGGAAACGUACUCUGGAUGAGAAUCGACGAAGAAUAGCAGAUUUUAAGAGUGCUGGAAUUGAGAGUUACAGCAUUGAAGCUAGCCAAAGCAAUUCCAAUAUAUUGCAAGAAUUAUUAAUUAAGGAUGAUCAGAGAGGCUUUAUGCAGCCUGAGUACGUUACCAAUUUCAGUGGACCAAAGAUGGAUUCAGAUAUGGUUUCGUCCAGCUCUAGAAGUAAAGAGGUUCACAAAAGGUUGUCUAAAGACUCGUGCGAUGAAAAACCAGAAAGGAAGAAUCAACCCCUUAUGUGUAAAAUAAGCAUCCAUGAUAAAGCUAAGGGUAUUUAUUCUGCUCAUAAACAUGGAAGCAAUUCUGAAAGGAAGGAAAGUUACAAAAGUCACACUGACACUUCAUCUAGAAAAAUGUUUUCUUCUCUUUUGGAUGCUGCUGUAAAUGAUGAGUUGGACAAAAUUGACAGACUCUGCAGCAAUCAAUAUGUAGUUAACUUUUCUCAGGAGGAUGGUACUACUGCUUUGAUGUUUGCAGCUAAGAUGGGCCUAUACAAUGUGGCAAAAAUUUUAUUGAAAGCAAAUGCUCAUAAAGACAAACAAAAUAAUCAAGGAGAAACUGCUUUGAUGCUGGCUUGCAAAAAUAGACAACCUAGAAUUGCCAAACUUUUAUUAGAACAUGGUGCCAAUUUUGCAAUCACAAAUAUUGAUGGAGUUAAUGUGCUUCGCAUUACCAACCAAUAUGCUAGCGAGACGAUACUUCAUAGCAUUUUAGUUGAGCAUAUCAUGAGGAUAGUCUCUGAAUUUGAAUCUCGAGCUCGGUAUGUUGUGGAACAUAUUGCUGACAUCAAAUACGCCCUGUUUCCCAUUCAGUGUUUUUCUCUUAAUGAAGGACCAAAGUAUUCAAUUAACUUUCAUCAUCAUGUAAAACUGGAAUCACCAGGAAAAAUUGGCAAACAGAAUUUAUUGUUCAUUGCCAGCUCAGCCAUCAAAGGUAGUUCGAUUCGGUGUGAUUUCAAUGCAGAUUCUUUGGUUCGUAAUGUAUUCAUCAAUGGCAUAAAACAAGAAGUUUUCAAUAAGGUACAAUCUGUUUAUAAAAUGUCAGGUUUGCAAAAUGGAAAUAACAAAGUAGCCAUAACGACAGCUCAUUAUCCAGAGUCUGAAGUAAAAUUGAUUGUUUGUGCUUACAGAGUGCAUAAAAGCAUGGUCUGGUUCCCAACACAGAAACUAAAAAGUGAAUUUCUCGAUUAAUGGCCAAAUUUUACCUUUUUUAAUGUUGAAGAAAUGCAAUAGCAAUUGCUGCUGCCAAAUGGUUGUGCUAAUAUGUUCAUAUGAAAGGGAACCAAUUCAUUUCAUUACUCAUCUUUCCUCAGAUAAUGUAUUCACUAACUAAAAUUUUCAUAAUUAAAUGCUAAGAAAUCCAUCUUAGGUAAGAUUUUCCCAGCAGCAAUGUUACAUUUGAAAAAGUAUUAUAUGCCCUAACUUCAACUUGUUCUAUUUUAUCAUGUUCUAUUUUAAAUCAAAUAUGACAAUAACUUUUCGCAUAAGUUAUGCCAAAAAUUAUCUUAAUUGAAUUAAAAGUAAGGUUAACAGAAUAAGAUAGAAAACUAUCAGAAGGAAGUUUGUCCAGAACUAAGCAAGUCUACUUUCCCAUAUACCAACAUCAAUUUUCAUACAUCAUUUUAAUCUCUGUUAAUUGGCUUAGCUUGGAAAUUGAUUCGAUUAUGCUUUUUUUUAACAAAAAUGAAAAAGUAUUUUUUAUGUGAAAAGGAAGCUAUUUUAGUAAAUUAAAAAAAAAAAAAACAUUCUAACUUAACUGUUAGGCUUAAUAUUUCAGUAAAUUAUAUAUAUAAAUGAUUUUUCUUCUUAAAAACUUUAAAUUCAAGCAGUUAUUUAUAAUACUUAAGCGUACAAACAUUGGAGAAACAAAAUAUAAAUUGGUAUUACAAUUACUAUUUCAUUUAAUAUUUUUUGAAGUCUCAAUAUUAUAAAGCUUUGAAUAUGAAAAAAAAGUAAAUAAAAUAAAAUAAAAGAAUAAAUAUAUUUAUUAAGUAAGAAUGGUUUAAAAAAUUAUCUACAUAGAAACUUAAUUCCAAGCUAUUUCUUUUUUUUUUUUUAAAGUUUUGCGAAAAAUUGUUAUAUAUAUAUAAAAAAAAGUUAUUAAAAAUUCUGAGUGAAAAACACCACAUAUCGCUUACUAGCCCUAAUAGUGACACACCUCAAAAAUUUGAAAAUCAACCCAUUAAUUCUUGAUUUAAAAAACUUUAAUGAUCUUCUAGCUUCAAAACUCAUAGUUAUUUUGCGUUACUGGUGCAUGAUGGCAUAUAAAUGGUAUGACCAAUAGGUACCCACCAAAAAAAAAUAUAUAUAUAUACGGUUCUGAAUGAGGUGUCUUGGCGAAGAGAUGUGGAACAAAAUUUCUUUUGGAUCAAAUUAUUUCAUUAAAGGUUUAGGGAAACAGACGCAUGUCUCUACCUCAUAUCCCUCCAUUAAAAUUUUGUAAUGUUUAUUCAAUUUAUUUAUUUAUUUAUUUUUACUUUUUUACAAAACAGUAGACUUUUUUCAUGCUUUUUUAAUUCAAAAAAUUGUGGGAAUGUAGGCUAAAAAGCUAUUUAGUUUUGUUCUUAAGCUUCCACUCGCAUCCCUCUAAGUUUAAGCUAAAAGUUGCACAUCCCCCCCCCUAAAGUUAAUGAAGUACCUUGUUUUUCAUUAACAUUGAAAACUAGUAAGCUAUCUUGCUACCCAUAUUUUGAAUGUAUUUUUUUAAGUUCAAAUUGAAAUUAAAACCCUUUUUCGGCAAAUUAAGCUCUAAAAUUAAAUAUACAUAAAAUGAAGAGACUGUCAGUUAAAAAAAUUUUGAUAAAUAAUAAGUUACUUUUCAUUCCAUAUUUCUAUUUGAGUUAGUGAGUAAUUUUAAAAUACCUUGUACUGGUUUCCUUACAUGUGGCUGCAUUGUAAAUUCCCACAAGAGUAAUCAUUGUUUAAUCAUAUUCGGAUGUUCUAACUGUGAUAUGUGCUGCUUUUUUAUACAUAAUUGAGCACAAAAAUCAUUUCAUCAAUCUUUUAAAAACAUUGGUGUUGUAACUGCAUUUCUUGCAUUCUUCAUGUUUUUCUUCCAUUAUACAUGUACAGUAUUGUUCUCCUGUUAUUUGUACAUUCUUCAGUUAUUCAGAAAAGUAUGUAAUUUAUAAAACGUUAAAUCUAAAAUUUAGAAUGUUACUGUAAAAAAUAUCCAUCAACAUGAACAUGUCCUUUGACGCGUUAUUUAAUGUUGUCACGUAUGAAACUUAAUAAUAUUUUAUUCUUGCCCUUCAAAGAUCUGAAGCUUAACAGUUUGAAGUAAUUCACUUUUUAUUCUAUGGAUUAUUAACACUUGAAACUAUUUUAUCUAGAUUCAACCAUUUUGUUUAUAAUUUAUCUAUGCAGUCUGCAUUUAGAAGUUGCUAGGUUAUUCAAAUGCAAAUUUUAGUUCUCUCAUUAUAUACCCUGAUAUUCUUUUGUUAAAAGCUACUAAUAUUUUGAUAAAGCUUUUGCUUAUAAAACAAUGAAAUAUCAAUAAAGGAAAAUGAAAAGCAUUAUAUACUGUAAAAAAAACCCUGUUAACCAGACUAGAUGGUAAUGUAACUGGCUAAAAUUUCUGUCAAAUACAUUCAUUCAUCAAUAUUUAAAUAAUUAUGAGAAAAAAUCACCCCUAUAUACACAUAUGUAUACAGUGGACUUGCAUUAUAACACAAUUUGACGUUCAUGAAAUGGACACAGCGUGAAUUUCUCACAAGUAACGUAUCUCGGAGAUAAUUUAAACGCAAAGCGAAGCUCGAGGUGUAAGUAUCAGCUUUUUGUUAUAGCCUACUUAAUAUUGGUUUUGUGAAACGACUUUCAUCCCUUUAGCAUCACUAAAGGUGGAAGUUCACACACCAAACCAGUCAAAAAACUUUACUUUAUUACAAAUAAACACUCUUCAAUUUCCAUUCAUUUUGAUCAUUCUAAAUAUGAAAAUUAAGUAAAUAUAAUGGCACUUAAGCACGCUACUUCAUCUAAAGCUAAUGAAGAUGUGAAGAGAAAAAGGUUUCUUGCAAUUAAAGAAAGAUUUUGUGCCUCGCAACAGUACUUCAUACUUGCCAACCUUCGAAGAAAAAAAACAGAUUUCACUAGAAGAAUAUAGGUGAUUCCUCAGCAACAUAUUUCACAACAAAACUAUUAAGUUAUGCUUUUAAAUAACAUGAAUACUAAAUUUAAGGUGAAAUAAGAAUUUUUUGGAGAUGUAAGCUAAUUGGUAGCAGCAAGAAAAAUAAAAAAUACUGCAAAAGAAAAACCAAACAAUAAGGAGUGAAUUAGCUUAAAGUUUUGUACAUUCCCCAGUCUCUCAAAAAAAGUAGCUACAAAAAUUUAAUUAUUAAAAUCCGAGAAAAAAAAAUCAAUAUAUAACGAAAAUAAAUACAAAAUAAGUACUAGGUAGAGGGUAGCACAUGUUAAAAUAACUUCAAACUUUCAAAAUAAUUGAAAUAUUUUCAAGCUGCUGCAAUUUUCAGCAAAGCACGUGCUUCGCUGUACAUGCAAUGUGGAAUGCUUUCAAAAAUUAAUUUUUACUAAAUGAGUCAUUAAUUGGAAAUUUUUUUACAGUUAAACUUUUAAACAAUCCAACUCCUUCAGUACACUGAUAUUUUUUGAAAAAAGAAAAAAAUCGGAAGUAGUUGAAUUUUUGCAGCAUGCAAAUUAAUACAGGAAAAAUGGAGUACUUAGCAGCUACCCUUUUUUUGGCAUACCGAUAUACUAUACUUAGGAAAAAAUGGUGCAGAAUCGCCC